CUUCGUGAACAAUCUAGUGUUUUUUUCCGCGAACAUGGAGGCGAUUGUGUCAGAUUUAGUGGCACCAGAAGAUCUAAAGAGGUUUGAGAAGAAGUAUAACGCAGAGCUGGUGAAAGGACCCGUUUCAAAGGAAACCACUUUUGAGUAUGCCUGGUGUUUGAUCAGAAGCAAGUACACAAAUGACAUUGUAAAAGGAAUUCACCUUUUGGAAGAACUGGUUCAUACAAGCAAAAAAGACGAUCAGAGAGAUUUUCUCUUCUACCUUGCUGUUGCAAACUACAGACUCAAGGAGUAUGAGAAAGCACUGAAGUACAUUCGUACUCUGCUGAAGAAUGAACCAGGUAACAAACAGGCCCUGGAACUGGAGAAACUCAUCGACAAUGCACUAAGAAAAGAUGGUUUAGUUGGCAUGGCGAUCGUUGGCGGUAUCGGAUUAGGUGUGGCCGGAUUGGCUGGUCUUAUUGGUUUGGCCGUGUCCAAAGGUGCAAAGUCCUAAUGUGGAGUUCCCGAGAAGCGUACUUUGAUUCCUUUCCUCUUCAGAAAAGAGACUUAAUGAUUUCAUAUAAUCAUAUAAUCACAUAAAUACAUGAGGAAGCCUCCCCCUUUUUUUAUUUUGUAUUAUUCUGCCAUGUCUUUCAUAAUAAAGUAAUAUUUUACCUAUGUUUA